UCACUACUAUUUUAUUGUUAUUGUUUACAUAGUGAAAAAGUUUUUUGUUUUCCUUGAAUUAUUUUAAGAAUUUUUAUAGUUUUCAUAACAUUUACUGAAAACUCAAAGUAAAAUGAAUGAAGUUGUACGUGGCGAAGCCUCAGAAUCGGAAGAUGAAACUAUGGACUUAAAUCUAAGCCGAAAGAGAAUAUUGGCUGCAGAAGUAUCUGGAGAAGCCUCAGAAUCUGAUGAAGAUGUUUAUGACAAAAGUUUAGAUGGCAGCAGCUUGGAGUCUAAAAGUAAUGUAGAUUCUUUGUAUAACAACAAUUUAUUGCAAAGGAAAUUGAUUGAAAAUAAUUUAUCAAUUUGGCGCAGUUUAAAUAUGUUUGUUAAAAGUAUUGUUACCUCGUCCUCGAAACAAUUGCUAAACACCGAUCAAUUGCUAAUCAAAUCUCAAACGUCCAUGCAAUCUGUUUUGGUCACACUCAGUCAAACACAAAUGAAUAUGAAACAAUUGUAUCAAAAAACCGAUGCCGUAUUUACCACAAACUUUAUUCCAAAUAUUAAUGUAAAAACGAACAAAACAUAAUGAGAAAAUUGGUUGGAUUUAAGAAAAAACAAAAAUUUAUAAAAUUUUUUAUAUAUAUAUUUAAAAUAAAUAAACUUUUACAAUUACACUUAAUCUUCUGUA